GGUUAUAAUGAUUUCAAGAUAGAUCAAAGUUAAUGUACGAAAAAAAGACCGGUAACAGAGACAACAUGGCAAACCUCAGUGUAAGACACCUGGGUGACGAGAAUAAGACAUCCUAUAAUGACAGUGACUUCAAUGAGCUGGAUUAUCUACAGCAGAACCUCGGGGUCCGACAUCUGGACACGCCCACUCUGGCCAUACUGACCAUUGUCUAUGUUGGUAUAUUUCUAUCAGGGACUGUUGGCAAUGUAUGCACGUGCAUCGUGAUUGCCAGGAACCGUCACAUGCACACCGCUACCAAUUACUAUCUGUUUAACCUAUCUGUCUCGGACUUAGCCACGUUGAUUCUAGCUCUACCUCAGGAGCUUUACAUGGUGUGGGAGGCCUACCCCUGGCGGCUCGGAGAGGGCUUCUGUAUCAUCAAAGCCUUUAUCACGGAAAUGUCUGCGUAUGCAUCCAUUCUUACCAUCACUGCCUUCACGUUUGAAAGAUGGGCAGCAAUAUGUCAUCCAAUGAAAUUACAAAAACUCUCCAAUUUGUCCCGAGCCAUAAAGGAGAUAAUAGUGAUAUGGGUUCUAUCCUGCCUCUGUGCCCUGCCUUAUCCGAUACACACUCGAACGUUUUACGCCUUGGUCCAUCCCGUGACGUCAGAACCCCUUCUGGCUUCAGUUGUCUGCAGCUUUCCUAUAGAAUGGCGCGAACUUAUGCAGCUGUUCCUUCAGUUAUCAACAUUUGUGUUUUUUGUGUUACCCAUGACUCUUAUAACUCUCAUCUAUAUCCGCAUCGGAGUCACGCUCUACAAGUCAGAGGUGGUUGGGGUUCAGCAGAAUUCUUCAGGAGUAGAAUGUAUAGCACAGAAAAGAAAGAAAGUGUAUAGUGUAACUCAGGCUCGAAAAUCCGUACUAAAAAUGCUAGUUGCCGUGGUGAUAGCGUUCUUCGCCUGUUGGGCACCAUUCCACGCUCAGCGUCUGUGGACUAUCUACAUGAAGAAAGAGCAAUGGACACCCGAGCUUCUAGAACUCCAAAAUCACGUGUUCUUCCUGUCAGGCGUGCUGUACUUCUUCAGUGCUACCAUUAAUCCUAUCCUAUACAACCUGAUGUCGAAAAAAUACAGACAAGCAUUCAGACAAACCAUGUGUGGUCGUCUGCGCCGCCCUGAUCCCCGCAGUACCUACGCGUCCUCUUUCAGUCCCUCCCGACAGAGAACGAUUAACUUCGGCUACUCCAAAGUCACCAAGUCUCCAGCUGGACAAUUCAGCAUUGAAGAAACGGAAAAUACAUUUGCAGAAAGUCAAGCAUAAUUAAUGACAUUUUUAGGGAAAUUAACAUUUUAAUGAAUUGAGAAGAAACUUUGGUUUGUUACGGUAGACUUUUCUAUGUUCUGAAUCCUUUAAUUUGUUACAGUAAAAACAUGUAAAUAA